AAAUGAGCGGCACCCUCUGACCGAGUUCAUCUUUCAUGGCCGCAGACUGGUCUCAACUCCCUGAGGAUCUCCUCCAACAAAUAUACCAAAAAUUGAACAACCAAUUUUAUCAACUUCGUUUUCGAUCUGUCUGUUCACCAUGGCGCUCUUCCAUUUGCAAAAAUCAUCUCAACAACUUACCUACCAAACUCCCAUCCUCCUGCUCCAAUUCAAACAACACUUCCAUAACAUUAUCUAUCUCCAAAAGAUCCAUCUUCCUCAUCACUCCACCCCCAAAUCAACAAACCCUAAACCCUUGGUUAAUCAAAAUUGGUCCAGAUUCGAAUAACCAAACUCAUCUCUGGCAUCCUCUAUCACGUGACACACAAUUCCCUCUUUAUCACCCCAUUAUUAUUGAUUUCAAUCAAAUCUCCGUCCGAGAUCUCGGACGUGAAUUCGUCAUCGGUAACUUCCCUUCCCGACGUCCCCUUUAUAUCGACUGCAACAACUCACUUGACCCGGGAAAGGUCGUUGUUUGUGACACGUGGCAUAAUGGAAUAGAUCGUUGUUCUCUUCUCCUCACUAUUCAUGGUACCGGGGAACUUGCAAUUUUCCGAUGUGGCGAUGAGCAGUGGACGUUAAUUCCUAGCAUUAGCGAGUUUCCUUACACUGAUGUCUGUAUGUUCAAUGGGCGGCCUAUUGCGGUUGAUAUUUUCGGUGAGGUUGUUGAGGUGAGACCAGACUUAAGCUUGGAUUUGGUGGUGGAGCAUGGGAUGUAUGGUGGAAAGAAAAAGGUCUUGGUGGAGAGUGAUGGUGAGUUGUUGUUGUUAGUCAGUGGGCAUUUGUCUUAUGAUUAUGAUGACAGUGUUUUGGAUGAUGAUGGCGAAGGAAUUUACGAUGGGGCUGUGCAAAUUGAUGUGUUUAGGCUUGAUGAGAAGGAGAAAAAGUGGUUGCAUGUAACAGAUUUGGGGAAUAGGGUUUUGUUUUGGGGGGAAGAUUGUGCAUUUUCUGCUUCGUUCAUUGGCAACGGGAAUUGUGUGAUAUUUAGUGAUGCUGUUUUUCGCAGUGUUCAUUCCGCUGAGCUUGGGAUUAGUGUUUUUCACUUGGAUGGACGUUGUACUUCGCCUUUGUCUGAUUUUCCUUGUUAUUCUAACUUGUUUUGGCCAGCUCCAGAAUGGGUCAAGCUGAAUAUUGACAACAGCAGAGUUUGUGUCUUGGAUUGAAAGGGUUCAUUUCUAAUAUUGGCUGCCUCCAGACUCCGGCCAUGGGUGUGUGAUGUGUAAUGUUAAUGCAAGUUUCUAUGGUUCAACUUAUGCAACGGAUUCGGGGUGAUGCAUAUGACAGGAUCACUGCGGUUAGAUUCAUUCUUGCAUGUUCUAAUUUCCCCCCCAAUAGAGAUUUAAAAUAAUUGAAGGAGAAAUUAUGAUCAUAAAAAAGCUAUUUGCGAAGUGAUUCAAAGAUGCAUUUCUCAUAUUUAUCAACAAAAAU